UGGUAACGAGUGUUCAUUUAGUGCACUUCGUGGAAAGCGGAAAACCUCAGGGAAGAUUUGGUUGCCAUCUUCGUUCUCUUCGAGUCAGUUUCUUGCUGCCGGAGAAAAAUCGUCACGCAGGCCAAGACGCUUACGAAGAAGAAGAAGUGGUAGCAAAUCUCGUUUUCACGCCAUAAGCACACCGUCAUCCGAAAAGUAUGGCCACCAAUAACUACUUUGGAUUUCCACACGGAGCCACACAGUAUGGUACAACGGCCACUGGGACGGGUUAUCCAACAACGCAGACGGGAUAUGCAGUAGCACCAGCACCAACACCAGCCGCAGGUACUUACGGAACGGCUCGACCGGCAGGCUACGAUCAAGCGUACCAGCCCACGGCAACACCGGGAACAUACGCGACCACGGCAACGGCAGCAACAUACGAUUACGGGUACGGGCGUACGACGCAGACGUACGAUACCUCGAAAACAUACUACCAGCAGGCGGCGGGUGCAACGGCCGGCUACACUGCACCGACCGCGUACGACACGACACCAAAGGUGAUCACCGGAUUUCAGCCGGCCCAACCGACUGCAUAUGCUCCGCAACCCACCCGGGCCACCAUACAGCCGGCAAAGGCGGCAGCUCCUCAAUAUCAAACGACGCAGCAACAAUCGGUGGCACCGCAACCUCAGGGCUACGUGCCAACGCAAACGACUGGCUAUUCCCAGACCGUUACUACGGUGCAUUCGACGCCCAAAUCGGCUACCGUUGCUGGUUCCGUGGUGCCGAAUAAUUCCGCCACCUAUCCAAGCUACGACGCUACACUGUACGGUGCCGCGACCAUGUACGUCGCGCAACAGCAGCAACCACCGCCGCCAAACACGAAAGCGCCUGGUAAUGUUCCCGGUGCUGGUGGUGCUGCCGGUGGCGUGAUGACGGCCGCCCCGGGACCCGGUGGACCGGCCGUUAUCACAAGUGGUCCAACAGGCGGACCGUGGCAAAACUACAAAAGUCCUAAGGGUAUGCACGGACACGGUGGGCAUGGGAACGCACCUUACAAGGCACGCAAACCAGCACCGAAACCACUGCUGAUACACUACUGUGAUGUGUGUAAAAUUAGCUGCGCUGGACCGCAAACCUAUCGCGAGCAUCUGGAAGGUCAGAAACACAAGAAGCGUGAGCUGCUGCUGAAACAAGCGUCUGAACCCGGUGGUAAUGCGUCUGCCCGGCCACCUAACAGCUUGCAUUGCGAGCUGUGCGGUGUUACGUGCACUGGAAAUGAUGCUUAUGCGGCACAUGUGCGUGGUGCCAAGCAUCAGAAGGUCGUAAAUCUGCACACCCGACUGGGUAAGCCCAUUCCGGCAUGUGACCCGACACCGAACGUGGACGGAGAAAAAAAGGAUGGUGGUGGUAGCGGCGGUACAGCUGAUUCAUCGGACACGGGAGGUGGGGCAAGCGGUGUAGGCAAUGCUGCUACUGCCGUCGGUAAGAGUGCGGUAGAAUUGGCGGAAGAAUCCGUCCGCCCGGUGGGUAGUGAAUUUAUCGAAGAAAUCAAGGAUGACGACGGAAAGUUGGUUAGCUUCAGCUGUAAGCUGUGUGAGUGUAAGUUUAACGAUCCAAACGCAAAAGAAAUGCACAUGAAGGGACGGCGCCACCGGUUGCAGUACAAGAAAAAGGUGCAGCCAGACCUGGUGGUAGAUAUAAAGCCGACGGUGAAGCAGAAGAAGAUUGCGGAGGCUCGUGCCCAUCGGCAGGCUAUGCAGGAGGAGUUCUGGAAUCGGCGCCGAAUGGCUGAUGCCGAGAUGGAAGAAGAUCACGGUAUGCGAACGUUCGGGCGACAUCCGUUCUUUGGCAUGCUGCCUGGACGGCGCCCGGAAUCAUCCGACGAUCGGCAUGUUGUUGCGCGCCAUGCUGAAAUUUAUCCGAAGGAAGAGGAAUUGCAAACCAUUCAGCGCAUUGUUUCGCACACGGAGCGUGCCCUCAAAUUGGUAUCGGAUGUGAUGACCUCUGGAGGUGGUGGAGCGUCUACUGUUCCGCCAGUAGCAUCGACAUCGUCCGCAGCUACUACGGCCAACUCCAGCGAUCCGCCAACGGAGCCAACGAACGAUCAACCGAAGGAACAGGAAAUUCAAUCGCAGCAACCUACAACGUCUGCUGGUGGUGGUGGAAAAGCGAACCAAGCUAAUCAGAUGAUUUCCUUCCACAAAGAAACGGAAGGAACCACGAUCCGGCUGUUGAAAGGAGUAAUGCGUGUGGGUUUGUUGGCUAAAGGUCUGUUGCUACAUGGUGACAACUGUGUCCAGCUGGUAGUACUUUGUGCAGAAAAACCGACCACAUCACUAUUGAAACGGGUUGCAACAGAACUGCCCAUACAGCUGAAGAAAAUAGCCGAAGAUCAUCGUUACACGGUUACGAUGGCUCCGGUCGAAGGGGCUGUACUCGUUACCGAUGGUACGAUUACAGUGAAAAUAUCACUCACCUCUCCGUUGCUGCGUGAAGCUAAUGCAACUUCAGCGGAGCAGGCGGCUGCUCAGAAUACCGAAGAUCUGCUGCCACGCGAGCCCUGCCUGCAGGCACUAGCUGCACUGCGUCAUGCAAAAUGGUUCCAGGCUAGAGCAACAGGACUGCAAUCGUGCGUGAUGAUUAUGCGCAUAAUGCGCGACCUGUGCCAACGGAUACCCGUCUGGAGUAACAUAAGUCAAUGGGCGAUGGAGUUGCUGCUGGAGAAGAUUAUCUCGUCUGCAGGCGAAGUUCUUACUCCAGGCGAAUGCUUACGCCGGGUCAUGGAAGCGAUAUCUUCGUCGAUUCUGCUGAACGGUCCAGGAUUGUUGGACCCAUGCGAAAAGGAACCGGAAGACACGCUUGCCGGUCUAAGCAAGCAGCAGCGCGAGGAUAUUACCAAUUCUGCGCAGACAUUUAUGCGCUGGAUAGCGUUCCGGCAGAUUUAUAAGGUGCUCGGCAUCUCGCCACUCCCGCCACCAAAGUUUGCCGGAAGCCGCAACUGGCGCUUCAACCGCAAGCGUCGACGUUCCGGCACAGAAGGCAACGAAAGUGAAGCUGAUGGUUGCAAAAUGGUAAAGAAGGAAGAAUCUGCUACUUCGAAUUCAAUUGCGUCUGGCUCGGCUAACACAUCUGCGAUAAAAAUGGAACCAUCCAAGUAA